AUGCUCGUUCCCAGGGCGUGCACUGUGGGCCGGUGCGCCAGCGCGCCCGCGGAGCGCCGCCACCGCGCGCCCGGCGCCCCGCACCGGCCGGGCGGUUGCCCCGGGCGCGUGGGGCAGUUGGGCGCCGCGAAAUGCGGCUGCUCGCGGCACCAGCGCGCCGUCGUUGCGCGCUCCGAGACGGACACGGACACGCAAGCGGGAUCGGCGUUCCUGUCGGACAUGCUGACGUUCGAGUCGGACACGCAGGCGCACUCGAUGGACGACGACGCCGAGGAGCGCGCGCUGCAGCUCGUCAACCGCGCGACGAGCACGCUCCGCCGCGCGGAGGAGCUCCUUCAGAAGAACGAGGGCGAUCAGGGCGGCCGGAGGGGCCCGGCAGCCCCGCGCGGGGGCGCACCUCCCGGUUCGCGCACCACCAAACCACAGCGCAGCACCGCCUCCCGGAAGGCUCCGGCCCCGGACGCCAAGAACGGCGCCGCGAAGACGUCGCCGAGCGCGAGUCGCAGCGGCUCGGAUGCCUCGCGGGCCGGGCGGGUCGGCGCGGAGGGAGGGAAGACGGCCGAGGGAGGCGCUAGGGCACCUGGGGCUGGUGCCGCGGAGAACGGGUACUCUGGCGGGUCCGACGCGGAGUUCGGACACGCCCGCUUCGACCCCUUCGCGGGGCCGCGCCCGUCCGCGGGCGCCGACGGUCCAGCGCCGCUGCGGCUCAAGGAGGAGGUGGGCAACCAGGGCGUCGAGCUGGCGUUCAAGGAGCCCGAGGCGGAGGCGCGCUCGCUGGACCUCACGUUCGAGACGGAGGGGGAGGCCAAGCGCGCCAAGGCCACCAAGGAGAUCACGCUCCAGCUCGAGUCCGUGCUGGACCUCACGACGGCCGCCGCGCCCCCGAAGCAGGCGGCCGAGGAGGCGGCGUCAGAGGAGCCGGUGAAGGAGGUGCUCGGUCGACAGCUCGCGGACGGCGCGGGGACGCUCCCGGACGGCACGCGGUGGUCGAAGCAGAGCGGCGUGGAGUACGGGGCCAACGGGCUGCGCAAGCGGUGGAACCUGCUGCGCGGGGAGACGGUGGACGGCGUGAAGUUCGAGGAGUGCUGGUGGGAGGCGACGGACUGGGGCGGGUACAAGGAGCUGGGCGCGACGAAGAGCGGGAGCAGCGAGGACGGCGCGGCGUGGGAGCAGUCGUGGAAGGAGGUGCUGGGGCGCGACGGUCCGCGGCGGAUCCCGUUCGUGGAGCGCAUGGCGCACAAGAAGGCGCGGAGCGCGGGGGGCGCGGAGGAGUGGGAGGAGCAGUGGGGGGAGAAGUACUUGGCGCGCGGGCCGUCGCAGAAGUACGCGGACAAGUACGGGCGGACGCCGACCGACAUCUGGCACGAGCGGUGGGGGGAGGACUACGACGGGCGCGGCGGGUGCGUGAAGUGGACGGACCGGUGGUCGGAGCGCGACACGGGGUACGGGUGGCGCAAGUGGGGCGAGAAGUGGGACGAGCGCUUUGCCAACGGGACGGGGUCCAAGAACGGGGAGACGUGGAACGAGGAGGCGGACGGGUACCGGUACAACCGGUGGUGGGGCGAGGACCACAUGGGCGGCGGGCAGGUCCGGAAGCACGGGCACAGCACGACGGGGGAGUACUGGGACCACGUGGAGCACAUGGACACCUACUACAACCCCAUCCCGCACUUCGACUUCGGGAUGGCGCUCAACCACUCGCCCGAGCUGCGGAGCCUGGCGGUCAUGCCGCGCGACGCCAAGGAGCGCGAGCUCGGCGGGGAUGCUGCGGACGGCGGCGACGGCACCACCGGUGGCGGGCUGGCCGACUUCUGA